CAUAUUUUAACUUAGGUUUUCAUAUGGUGUAGUUGUAGCAUAGCUUUUAAUGAUCUGCCUUAGAUUCAAGAAUAGUGUAGGUGAACUGUGGCACGAAAAAAACAGCACGAAUGCGAAUCCUAAUACACGAACCAUGAACACUUCCCUGCUACAUAGUCAGGCAGUACUCGGGUCUGUGGCUUUCAAAGGUCGCCUGGCUGGGUUAAUAAGGUGGACGUCACCAGAAUAAAUACACUCGAGCACCUUAGUUUCAAUACACGACGGCCAGUCCAUGGUUUGUGUUCCCUCCUUCCCCUGAGGAUACAAACCUGUUGUAGCUCUCUCUCUCAGCCAGACAUGCUCCACCUGAAAGCUCAGCCCGCUUGUUUGAGAGAAACAGUAGCGCCACUGUUAAAGACUGGACUGGAGCAGCAGUCGGUCAGAUCUGAGGCCAAACUGCCCCUCUUUCAAUAUAUCUUGUGUGCGGCCACUUCUCCAGCUGUCAAACUGCAUGAAGAAUCUCUCACCUACCUCAACCAGGGUCAGUCCUACGAAAUCCGUAUGCUUAACCGAAAACUGUUGAACGGUACCCAUGAAAGAAGCAAAUGGGUAAAGAGCACCGUACGUGUGUUAUUUCAUGAUCGGCGUCUGCGAUACAGUGAGUACCAGCAGUUGGAGGGAUGGCGCUGGAACCGGCCAGGGGACAGAAUUUUGGAUUUUGAUACUACUCUCUCUGUGGGGAUAAUAGAGCCUCAAGCUAAUCCACUGCAGCUUAACACUAUUGAGUUCCUCUGGGAGCCUAUAAAAAAUGCUACAAUAUUUAUUCAAGUCAACUGUAUUAGCACUGAGUUUACUCCCAGGAAACACGGUGGAGAGAAGGGAGUUCCCUUCCGGAUUCAGGUAGAUACUUUUAUACAGAAUGAGCAUGGAGAAUAUCUGGAGCAAGUGCACUCUUCCAGCUGCCAAAUCAAAGUCUUUAAGCCAAAAGGAGCAAGUCGCAGACUGAAGACGGACAGAGAGAAGAUUGAGAAAAAGAGUCCUCAAGACAAAGAAAAAUAUCAACAAUCAUUCGAAACUACCAUUCUUACUGAGUGUUCUCCCUGGCCAGAUGAACCAUCUAUCAGCAUUGUGAGCAGCAGCCUGUUUCCCAUGUGCAACAUCUCUACUUCUCAAUACUUUACAGAUGGAGAUGAUGCUGACUGCUCUCCAACCCAGCAGAGGGAGCUAUUCCUGCCCAGCUGCUCUGCUCAGCUUGUGCCAUCACUGUCCCCUCAGGAAGCACAGGAGUGGCUUCACCGGAACAGGUUCUCAUCAUUCUGUAGGCUUUUCUCCAACAUCUCGGGUGCUGAUUUGGUUACGAUGAGCAGAAAUGACUUUGUUCGGAUCUGCGGCCCUGCUGAUGGGAUCCGUCUGUUCAACGCCAUUAAAGGGAGGUGUAUUCAGCCACGCCUCACAGUGUAUGUUUCCCUACAGAAGAUCAAACAUCAGCCAAACAGCAAGCCAGGCAGAGAUGAUGUGUACCAUGCCUUGCCUUUGGAGCACUUAACUCUGUUUGAGCUCACAGAGAAGAUAGCAGGUCUAUACAGUGUUCCAGUGCAACAAAUCUGCCAUGUUUACAAACAAGGGCCAAUGGGGAUAUACGUCCUGGUUUCAGAUGAGAUGGUGAAGAAUUUCACAGAGGAAACAAGAUUCAUAAUAAGUGCUCUUAAAGUUAAUGCUGACUGUAUCUGUUCCUCAGUGAUGAUGGAUGAAAGUAACGAGGGGUACCAUGUUAUACUGAAGUGACCUUAGAUCAGACCUUGAGGAACAUUGUUUUUUCCCUCUUUAUUUAUUUAUUUUUUAUUAUAAUUUUUUGGUCAUUUUGGCCAUGUUUGGUCAUUUAUAGUAAUGUGCCACAAUGCCAUCAUUAAGGCAAUAUAACAGUUUUGAACUGAUAUCAGUAGUUCUGCAUCAACUGUGUAACAUUACAAGAAGAUUAAUGGCAUUUGACUUCCAGGACUGAUGCUAAAAAAAUUAAUGCAGCGUUAAACAAUCUCAUUAUGCUGUCCAGAUAAUUGAUAGUUUAACUCAGGUCAACUGUGCAGUUUGUUUUUUUGCACUGUAACACACUGCUGAUUUUUACUUUUUGAUUUGAUUGUGUUUUUCUUUUUUUCAUUUUGUUAGAGUUGUCAUUGUAAUUUUUCUUAUUAUUAGCUAUUUGUAUUUUAAACAAUGCAUUGUAAAUCAAAUUAACACUGUCAGUUUUGUGUUAAGAAUGUGUAGGUUUUAUUAAGAUUAUAUUUAAAAGGUCAAUUCAACUGUUUAUUAAGCAGUUGUUACCAUUGUACCUUUGUGGAUUUUUAAAUAAAAUGUUUUGCUCUGUA